AGUCACGGGGAUACAGUUUCACUGAAAAGAACUGGGUUUUGAAAGUUGCACAAACCCCCUAAGGCUUGGAGAGGACGUGAAGGAAGCUCGGUGUGCAGCUGUCGGCAGGAACCAGCCGGUCCUCCAGCACAGGCGUCUCUAUGGUCAAGAAAACCUAGAGCGGUUCUUCUUGGCCGCACCAGGUGGUGCGCAUGUGCGGUGUCUGCCGCUCGGGAAAGAUGGCGGAGGCAGAACAAAGGAAGAAGAUCCCGUUGGUGCCUGAGAAUCUCCUGAAAAAGAGGAAGGCGUAUCAGGCUCUCAAAGCCACACAGGCCAAGCAGGCGCUUCUGGCCAGGAGGGAGAGGAAAGGAAAGGAGUUCCGGUUCAAGCGGCUAGAGUGCUUCGUGUACGAUGCUUGGCGGCAGCGGCGGGACGCAGUGCGGCUCAGACGGCUGAAUGUGAAACCUCACGCCUUGGAAAUGCCGGACAAGCAUUCCCUGGCCUUCGUUAUCCGCCUCCAGAAGAUCAAUGGGGUGAGUUCGCUGGUGCAGCGGACCAUCGCACGGCUUCGCCUGAAGAAAAUGUUCAGUGGCGUCUUUGUCAGAGUCACACCCGCAACCCUGCGAGUGCUGCGGAUAGUGGAGCCUUACGUGACAUGGGGAUUUCCAAACCUGAAGUCCGUCCGGGAACUCAUCUUAAAACGUGGACAAGCCAGGGUCAACAAGAAGACCGUCCCUCUGACGGACAACACGAUGAUUGAGGAGCACCUGGGGAGAUUCGGUGUCAUUUGCUUAGAAGACCUCAUUCAUGAAAUUGCCUUUCCUGGUGAGCAUUUCCAGAACAUCGCAAGGUUCCUGCGCCCCUUCCAGCUGUCCGUAGCCCGCCAUGCUACCAAGAACAGAGCGGGCUUCCUCAAGGAGAUGGGCUCGCCUGGCUACCGGGGCGAACGCAUCAAUCAGCUCAUCCGCCAGCUGAACUAGACCCAGUAAUAAAGUGUUUUGUCCUCAGAUGAUGUGAAAGCACACUGAAAAUGUGGCGCUUGGGACCAAGUAUCUUCAGGGAAGAUGGUUUAUCUCAUCCUCAGAAGCUGAAAGGAAAGCUUCACAGGGCAAUGUGCUCGCGGCUCACACCUCACCCCUACCUAGUUCCAAGAAGCCCCACCGUUUCCCACUGGCUGCCGCCUCCUAUGGAAGAGCUUGCGCCAUGCAGGAAGGCUCUCUCCCGGGCCCCGCUCCUGUCCUGGGGUUUCCAGCCAGCACAGUGGCAGAUGGAUCCUGUUCUGUGUGUGCCGGCU